UGAGUGCAAUACCAAGAAGCUCCACAAGAGAGCAAUCUUAGCAAACUCUGCGAAACCCACACGCCGAGAAAAAUCCAGAGAGGAACUGAUCUGCGAUACCAAGUAACGCUCGUAGCGCUGCUGUUAAAUCACAUUAAUAAUCACUUUCAGCGUUUAACUCGGUUCUCACUUGAAGCAGAUUAAUUGUCCUCCGUGAAGCACACGCCGAGAGGACGACCAGACACCUUGUUCGCGUGAUCUACGAACUCCAGCAGGAAUAAUGACUGAACCAGAAGUGAACCCAAAGGCGUACCCUCUGGCUGAUGCUACUUUGACCAAAACCAUUCUAGACUUGGUACAACAAGCAGCCAAUUACAAACAGCUGAGAAAAGGAGCCAAUGAAGCCACUAAAACUCUGAAUCGUGGCAUCUCAGAGUUCAUUGUGAUGGCUGCCGAUGCAGAGCCUCUGGAGAUUAUUCUUCAUCUGCCUCUGCUGUGCGAGGACAAGAACGUCCCUUAUGUGUUCGUGCGCUCAAAGCAGGCCUUGGGCCGAGCAUGUGGGGUGUCCCGGCCUGUGAUAGCCACCUCAGUCACCAUAAAGGAAGGCUCACAGCUGAAGCCUCAGAUACAGUCUGUGCAGAUGGCCAUUGAGAGACUGCUGGUUUAAGGCUGUGGGAACUCAUCAGUCUGUAUGAUUUAUUUUAUACAGCACAUAUGCUUAUAUGGCCUCAUGUUUGUUUUGUUUUUUUUAUUUGCUUUUGUUUUUUUCCUCUCUUAUUUUUAAGAUGGGACACCACCAGGAGGUGGUGUUUUUCUUCCCCUUGUUUUCUCAUUCUAUUCAGUUAUAUUUUCCUUUCUUUCAAAAUGGCCAGAUUUUAAAAUGUUCCCUGUUUUUUCAAAGCAUUGUGCUCACAUGGAACCAUUUUUGUUUUUGCUAGCUUAACGGUCCUGAAAGCUGUUUUAUUUUAUUUUUUUUAAUUGUAAAACUAGUAGUAUGUCAACAUGGUGAUGCAUACAAGUCUACAUGAAUCUCCUCUGAUGACAUUAUUUUCAUAUUUGUAAUAAACAAAAUUCUCACCUA